AUGUGGGCAAGAGAAUGGAGCGCCGAGGAGCUGAAGAGGCAGAGCUGUGCUGAUGGAGAUGUGUUGAGCUGGGACCUGCGGCAGUGGAAAUACAACUGCCCUCCUGAGCCUGACAACAACCUGCAUUGUGCAUGGUCACUCUACAAAAUCAAAAUGUGGACAUCCAUUGUUCACUCCACAAAGCCUGGAAAUUGUUCAAUGUCACUGGAGAACAUCACAAGAAACUGGUUGGAGAGCAUUUUCCCUCAUAACAUUUCUGUCCAUAACAUCUUUGUGUCAUCUCAGAGCCAUACCUGCAAUGUGGUUAAUAAUUUUGCUGCUCUACACAUGCAACAACCUCAGGAAUCAAGAGCAUUAUCGAACUCACCCUGUGACAAAUGCUUCAGUUGUGAAGUCCAUGUGAAUGUGGAUCCUGCUGCCAGUGUAGAAGUAGUUCAGGCGAACCUUACUGUCUUGCUGAGUUCGACCUUCUCUUCCGACAUCCUCAACCUGACAGCAGACCCUGAUAGCAUCAGCAUAGUACCUAUGGAUCCAUUCUCUUUAAUGACAAAACCACCACCAACUGUCAGCACUGGUGUAACUUCAUCAGAAAUGGGUCCAACUCAAAGUCUGCCAGCUCGACCCGCUAAUAUGUCUACAACAGGAGAGCCUUUAGAUCUCAACGAGACUGUCGUUGGACCAGAUACAUUCUUCAGAGUUAAUCUGACCUUGAGUAUGACUGGCACCCCUACAAAACCAAAAGAAAUAAUUGAGAAAUGGGUAAGAGACUCUCACAAAUUCACUUGA